CAGCUCUUUCAUUAUCCCAACAUUUGGACACAAUUUCAAAUCCGAAUCCAAAAAUCACAUUACAAAUUUGAGAUUGAGAGAUUACGGCCAAACAAAUAUCUACCCAUCAAUUCUUCUUCUUCACUCAGUUUCAACCUUCCACUCUGUACAUUCAUCCACCUCAAACCCUAAAUUUCCGCUUAAUCUCAACCUUCUAUGUAGUAUACUCCCAUGGAACUUUCUCGUCCUUUACUCCACACUUUUCUUCCUUCCCCCUCACCCUCCUACUUUUCUUCUUCCUCCCACCGGCCCCUUCUUCUCCUUUCCAAAGUUUACGUUUCUUCUCCCAGAAUUUCCCAUUUUUCGAGUUCUUUUAGCCCAAUUCAUCGCCGAAAUGUUUGUUCUGCUUCAAGCUCCGAAACCCUUGUUGCCGGCUCGCUUAAGGAAAAUGGUAAGACCGGAGAAGCCGCUAAGAAGAAAGAUGACGAGUUUGGAGAUUUGAAGGCUUGGAUGCACGAUAAUGGGCUUCCUUCUUGCAAGGUCAUUCUUCAGGAAAAGCCUUCGCAUGAUAAGAAUCAUAGGCCUAUACAUUACGUGGCUGCCAGUGAAGAUCUUGAGGUGGGUGAUGUUGCAUUUUCGGUUCCGAAUUCUUUGGUCGUCACGCUUGAGAGAGUUCUAGGAAAUGAGACCGUCGCCGAAUUGUUAACUACCAAUAAGUUGUCAGAGUUGGCGUGCUUAGCCUUGUAUUUGAUGUAUGAGAAGAAACAAGGAAAGAAGUCUUUCUGGUAUCCUUACAUUAGAGAGCUUGAUCGUCAACGUGGGAGGGGCCAGCUAGCUGUAGAGUCACCUCUUCUUUGGUCAGAAGAUGAACUUGAUUACCUCUCAGGCAGUCCAACAAAGAAAGAAGUUCUUGAAAGGGCUGAAGGAAUCAAGAAGGAGUAUAAUGAACUCGAUACUGUAUGGUUUAUGGCUGGCUCUCUGUUUCAGCAAUACCCGUAUGAUAUUCCAACUGAAGCAUUUUCCUUUGAGAUUUUCAAACAAGCCUUUGUUGCAGUUCAGUCAUGUGUGGUGCAUUUGCAGAAAGUAAGUUUGGCUCGGAGAUUUGCUUUGGUUCCUCUUGGCCCUCCGCUGUUGGCUUAUAGAAGCAAUUGCAAGGCAAUGUUAACGGCUGUUGAUGGUGCUGUGGAGCUAGUGGUUGAUCGUCCAUACAAGGGUGGGGAAUCAAUAGCUGUUUGGUGUGGGCCACAGCCUAAUUCGAAAUUACUCCUGAAUUAUGGAUUUGUUGAUGAAGACAAUCGCUAUGAUCGCUUAGUAGUUGAGGCAGCUUUGAACACUGAAGAUCCUCAAUAUCAGGAUAAAAGAAUGGUUGCUCAAAGAAAUGGCAGAUUAUCAAUACAAGCAUUUAAUGUUUAUGCCGGAAAGGAGAAAGAAGCUGUCCUAGACAUGCUUCCUUAUCUUCGACUUGGCUAUGUUACUCAUCCUUCAGAAAUGCAGUCUGUUAUUUCUUCUCAAGGUCCAGUCUGUCCAGUGAGCCCCUGCAUGGAAAGAGCAAUGUUGGAUCAAGUUGCUGACUAUUUCAAGAGACGACUGGCUGGCUACCCAACUACCUUGAGUGAAGACGAAUUUCUGCUGGCUGAUGGUAAUUUGAACCCAAAAAAGAGAGUCGCUACCCAGCUUGUUAGAUUAGAAAAGAAAAUACUUCAUUCAUGCUUGGAAGUGACAAUUGAUUUCAUAAAUCAGUUACCGGAUCACACUGUAUCUCCCUGCCCUGCUCCCUAUGCCCCCUUAUUGAGAUAAGUGAGAUGUUCUUCCAGCAGCGGUCGUAUGUCUGUUUUAUGACAUCUAUUUUAUGAUAUCGCAAUUCCAAGCAAAAUCCUCCAUCCCAUGAUGAAGCUUAAAAGGUAAAUCUAAAUAAGCUGCCCACUACAUAGGAUGGCUGAUGUUUCAGGGUGGUCAGGUAUUGAAGAUAAUGACGACAAUAAUGAUUAUAAGUUGAAAAUGUUUGGAGGCCAAGGAUUUGAAGUUACCGAGUAAAGCCAUAUUCCUUCUCUCCUUUAACAUUCGUGGGUUUUCUUACAGUCUCUAAUACUCACUUUGUCCAUUGCUUCCUGUAAAUAACCAGAACUACUCCAUUCUUCUCUCAAUGGAUCCCCUUCCUUUUCUAGAUA